CCAACUUCACGUACCUAAGCACCCUGGCAGCCCUUUCGCGCUGUCGCUUUUACGCCAGAUCGUUUUAAGGGCAGGCGCCCGCCCACCCAGCUCCACACGUACUCGAAUCAUGGGCAAACGCAGGCGACACAACCGGGACAAUUGGUCAAACCCGUCCUCGAACGUUCACGGUGCCUCGGAUGCGAGGUCUUUCAAUCGUGCUCACGACUCUGCUCGCGUCGAAAACCCCCCUCCUACAUACGAGGGCCAGUCCAGCGCGGAGGAACGCGUCGCGGAGACCGGGCAUGGAACGUAUGCCGCCUUCGGAGACGAGUACGGGACGGAAGUUGUCGCUCGGAACACGCACUGGGAGACGAGCGCAAUCGAUCCUUAUUAUGACUACUACGACGCGAGCACCGUGACCCAUCAGAAGCGAUCAUAUCAUGAUUACGCGUAUUCCGACAGGCGUCCCACCCCUCCGCGUGCACCCUCUCCCCCUCUCACUCGCCCUCCUCAAAUCAUGGUGGAGCAAAGACCUCGCUCUCCGACCCCUCCCCCUCCGCCUCGCUCCCCAUCACCGACCUACCUCACCCUUGCCACCGUACCGACUAUGACGCUCCCAUCCCCUGCCGCGUCCCGCAAACUUCUCAUUCUGGACCUGAACGGCUCGCUCCUUCUGCGCUCACGGUUCGCCUCCCGGCAUCCUCCAGGUUUACAACAACAACAAGGCCCGCAGGUGCGGAAGGUUCAUCGACGGCCGUACCUCGAGACCUUUGUGAACUAUCUCUUCGCGUCCGACACGCGCUCCUGGCUGGACGUGAUGGUGUGGAGCUCCGCACAGCCGCACAGCGUCGCCGACAUGGUCGACAAGUGUUUCGGCGAGCGGAAGCACGAACUGAUAGCGGUGUGGGCGCGGGACACGCUCGGACUCAGCAGAGCGGAUUAUAAUCGCAAGUCGCAGACGACUAAGGACCUUGCGAAACCGUGGAAGCUGGUCCCCUGGUUCCCGCGUCACGAACCUGCGGCUCCGGUGUCGAAGGCGUCGCAGGAAUCCGGCUCCCAAGACGAAGAGGGUGGGAUCCCCGGACUCGCGCUCGCGGACGCGGACGCGGACAUCGAGGUCUUCCCGGAGUAUCAUUCCGCAUUGACAACCGUGCUGUUGGACGACUCACCAUUGAAGGCGCGGCUGCAGCCCUGGAACCACGUUUGCUUGAAGGAGUACGUCCAAGCAAUGCGAAACCACGACCUCAAGGCGCUCGAGCAGGAAGCUUUGAAGAAGACGUGGAUGGAACGACGGGAGCAAGAUGCGCACAUUCCGGCCGAGGCUCAGUCGGGCUCAGUCGAUGGCGAGGACGCCCAGUCGUCUUCCGCCUCGGUACCGGACGCCGAACCUCAAUCACCGAGAUCGACGACCCCUCCCCUAGGAGCUGAGGGGGGACUUGCUGGUGGCAGCAAACGAAAACGGCCAAGCCGCAAGGAGAAGCGCGAUGCAGAGAUCAUUGCGCGAUUUGCCAGUGGGGAGCCUCCAGUCGAGGAGGCGGAAUUCGACCUCUCGCUGCUCGCCGUCAUUGGCAUCUUAGACGCCAUCAAGUGGGAGAGCAACGUGGCUGCUUGGAUACGCGAGGGUGGCCUAUGGGGCGCGUCGAGACCGGACGCUGCGAUAUCGAGAGGAACGGACGAAAUGGGGCUAAACCACCUCUCCGAACAGCUCCGGGCGGGUUCGGUAGCGACCACUCCGGCGCCCUUCCCCGGGAACGAUGCGGAAACCUCGGCCACGGCGAGUGCCGUAGCAGCGCCUGUGUGGUUCGACAAUCCGGAGGUUGUGCGGUAUUGGGCGGCACGAGGGCGGGAAGCGUGCGAGGCGCUUGGGAUCGAGGUCGCGCAUGGCAUCGAGGGAUAGGGUCGUGAAGGCGGUAUAUAGUACCGCUCAUUGCCUCUUGGUAACGCUCGGCAUCCUCAAUCAAUGCGAUGAAGGGCAAGGUGGAGUGUGAUGGGACAUGGGCUCCGGUUUAUUCGUAUGUACCGCUGGCCACGGAUUCCAAGUGUAUUGCAACUGUAGCUCCACUUCAGAAUCGCGAGCAAUCUGAG